AUGUUUCAGACGACCACGCUGAUUGGUUUGCUAAAAACGGCUCGUCUGUUGCGAUUAGUACGGGUAGCCAGGAAGCUGGAUCGUUACUCCGAAUACGGUGCUGCUGUGCUUCUACUUCUAAUGGCGACAUUUGCGCUGAUCGCUCAUUGGCUUGGUUGCAUUUGGUAUGCUAUUGGUAGUGCUGAACUGCCGCACAAGGAAUUCACGUGGCUGCAUCAACUCGCUCGCCAUUUGAAUGAGCCGUAUCUGUCGACAAAUGGAAGCGUGCCAACGGGUGGCCCGUCACUGAAAUCACGCUACGUCACGUCGCUUUAUUUUACACUUUCAACAAUCACCUCAAUUGGCUUCGGCAAUGUCUCUGCUACCACUGAUUCCGAAAAAAUUUUCACCAUUAUUAUGAUGAUUUUGGGAUGUUCGUGCUCAUUCAUUUAA